CUCGAUCGCCUCCUAUCUCUUCUUGAGCACUGUCCUAAUGCAACUUUGCGGGCCACCGCGGCUCGCCAACUCGGUCAGCUCGCCAAGAAGGCCCCUGAAGACGUCGACGCGACGCUACUCAGGGUAAGUCACGGAUUCGCAUUUAACUUCACCUACUGCCUUCUUAACCGUCUGCAUGGCCUUCUGCACAGCAAAAGUUGGAGAUCACGCGUGGCGGCCGCUGAGGCGAUCCGCGCCAUGGUCUCCCAACUGCCCGCUUGGAAGCCAACCGCGAGUGGAGACGCGGGGGAGUCGGUAGCGAAGAAGCCCGAGACGGCUUCGCCUCCGUCGUCGUCGUCGUCGUCGUUUCUCUCGCUCUCCGGUCUUGAUUUGGACCAUGUGCUUGAAAACGGCGCCCGGCUCUACAGUAUGGACCUGCGCGAGCUCUCCACCGCACCCAUCACGAAAUCCACCACCGCCAAGCGCUCAAAGAAGGGGACUGCUUCCGACCAAAAGGGUAAGGCGCGUUUGGAGUGCGUCGCCCUGGCGUACUGUGUCCCUGCGAGAGGCGCAGAACUCGGAGUGCUGCUUGACAGAAGCGAGAUAAACCGUCAACUCGGACUGUGUGGCGACGCCGGGUCAUUUAUCUCCACUGUCCUCGAACAGUCCUCGGACACGUCGAUAUCCAAACUCAUCUCAGAUGCCGACUUGCAUCCGGAGGAGGUGGGGGCGGACGAAAAUGAACCCGAUGUCACGGAGAGCGUAAAUCGUGCCUACAACAGGGGGCGUGUCGAUUCAACAAAAGAAGACCACAGCGCCACAAAGGAGGGUGACACCACAAAGCCGACCCAAUGCAGCCUCCACACCGACUGGCCGCUGAAUGGAAUUUGCGUGCGCCUCCUGGCCGACCUGUGGGAUUGUCGUUGGGAGACACGCCACGGCGCCGCCUCUGGCCUGCGCGAACUCCUCUCUCUGCCUCAACACACAAACCAGGCGGGCACGAGAAAUGGGGCUUCUGACAUCGAGAAUCAAAAGGCAAACCGAAUGUACGUGGAGGACAUUGUUGUUCGUGUGCUCUGCACUCUGGCCUUGGAUCAGUUCUCGGAUUUCGCCUGCGACGUUGUUGUGGCUCCAGUUCGCCAGACCGCGGCGCAGCUGCUGGGUGUUCUGUCGCUCCACCUAGACUUCGACCAAAUCCAGCAAGUUGUGCAUCACCUCCUAUGCCUCGUAUCGAUGCUUAAGAGGGAGGAGAAGCAGCUUCCAGGUCGCAAGAGGCCUGCCACCCCCAAGGCUAACUGGAUGGUCGUCCACGGCGGCCUGCUUGGCCUCAACUACCUCCUGUCGGCACGUGCUGACUUGGUGAAAGACCUCUUACCCGUCGUGUAUCCCAGCCUAACCUCGAUGCUGAUUGACGGCGCCGGCGAGAGUGCAAAGGCCGGCGAGGAGGAUCUACGCUCAGCGGCAUGCAACGCUCUUCUAGCUGUGCCCUGCGACCUUCUCGUUUCCUAUGGCAACACAGGGGAUUGGUUGAUCACCCAGGUGUGGACGUUGCUCGAGCAGGCGAAUGAGCUCUCGCCAGCAACCGGACCACUACUGGUUCUUGCCUCUGAGCUGCUCAAAGUGCACACGAAUGCGCCUUCGACAGCACAUGAGGUGGUUGCUGGGGGCGUUGAUGGCUCUGCAAGUGGCUGUGCCUCUGAAAAGGCUGAUGAUGAUAGCGAUCUCUUCUCGAAACGCGUCAACCUCGUCCUCCAUUUUUUGCAUCAUUCCUCCUCAGAAAUUCGUCGCACAGCUGUGCUCACCCUUCAGUCCCUGUUGUCUAUCCGAAUGCAGGAGGUAUGUGCGUCCUAUUCUCCCAAAAGACGGUGUGACUCGAGAAUACCUGGUCUGCUCGUAGAGCCAGCAGUGCUCGAGUCCGUGUUUGAACAACUUUUCCAUCGCAUCCUACUGGAAUCCGACCCCAAGCCUAUACGCUCGAUUUGCAAGCUGUGGGAUCAGAUGGUGAAUGCCACGCCCGUUCCGCUUCUCGUUCGGUCCACCCUCAGCCGAGUGGACUUUUGGCUGUGUCAGGCGAUGCAGCCCGCGUCGCUGCCAUUCGCGGACAACAUGCUCUGUCUGCUCACCUCCAAGACCAGCCUCGUCGUCCCGGAGACGUCUGGACGCUGGUACAUCGGCGGUUACGAACUGGGCUCGACUAGCGAACGCGAACGUCAAGUGUUGGCUCUGGAGACCCGAAUCACCGCAACCUCUUGGGCCAAAGCGGUUAGGUCCGUUUUACGCCUCCCUAAUCGAUGCUGUAACCUGCUGGUUUUCAGGCUGUUGGCAAACCUCUGUAGUCGCUUGUGCCAGUGCUCGACGUCUGUCAUCUCCGCAGAUCCCUCGGACUGCCAGACGGCCAUGUCGGUGCCCGCCUACCUGCUGAACCGCGUCGUGAGCGAGGCCCACCUGAAGGAUCGCCUUGCGAUGCAACGCUUCGUCGCUAGCCUCCUCCUUGCCGCCUGGCCCCCCUCGCUUACCAACGCCUUCUCCCUCCACACAUCGGGCCUCCAGGCGCGCAUUCAGGCCUGCCUCACCAACGUCACCUACUACGAGGAGAUUCUCGGUGUGUUUGAGGCAGUCGCAUGCUCUUUGUAUCGUGCCAGUGUCUUCAAGACAAUGCAAGAGGACUGUCAUCGGCUCCGAGCGCUGUGCGAAGCCACCAACUUGCCCGUUCAGACUGGUCUCCCAAAGGCAAGCGAAGGCGUGCUGAACAUCGUGGAGUGCCAGGAGCUGCUCAAGCGUGUUUCCCAGGACCUCCCCACGGCGGCAACUGCCGCCUCGUUGACCUUGGAAGUUGAGGAGGUGAAGACGGCACUGCAGAAAGCCCAGCUCUCCGUGCACCGGUGCCUCGCUUUGCAGUUGUUUUGGAGUUCGAGGGUAGAGCUCUCGCUCUCGUCGGCUCUGGUAAACUUUGGCUGGGUGACCUCUGGUCGCUUGACGCCCCUGAUCCGUCCCUUUAUGGAGACUAUUCGUGCUGCAACACAACCCGUUUCCACCGCUUCAUCGUCGACAUCCUCCUCCACCGACAACGACUGCAGCCACCAACUCCUCACCCUUCGCGUCGCCGCCGACCUCCCCAAUCCGGGCGAGAAUCUGCGUCUUCAGCGCCUCGCCGCGUGGAACUUGGUGCGCCUCCUGUGGGCCGAGUACCGCCCGAGUGUAUCGGUUGAGCCAAACUGCACGAAUCCUUCGAAGGCGCUGGUCAAGGUGACCCAAAACCUGGCCAAGUACAUCCUUCCGGACGAGUAUGACGAGUGGGAAUCGUUGAUUGCGAACGCAGAGAGCGAAGAAAAUGGAUGUCAUUCUGUUUGUUUAACAGUGUUACUAUCCAAGCAACCCGAGUCGACAUCGAGUGCGUCUCCGUCGGAAAAGGCUGCCUCGUCACCUACAAGCACGACUUCAGCCUCCGAAAAUAAUGGUUUUUCCUCAUCGAUAUCAAGUACUGCUCCCCAGACGCCAAAAUUGACGUCUCUAGCUGUAGCUAAUGACGCGGACAUCGCGCGGAGACAGGCCUUGUCGCAGCUGCGUCGAUCUGGCAGUCUGAUGACAGUCAUUGCCCUCCUUCGUACUUUCACCUCCGAUUCCACGGGCUCCAGUCUGAAGGACACCCUCUCCCGUCGGCUCCCCACGCUUUGGCAAUUCCUGUGGCUGGAGCCCCUAAGGGUGUUGCGCGGGGGCGGAAAAGCUGGCGUUGCCGAUUUUUCCGAUGAUGUGGAGUUUUUAAGACAUCAGCCAACCCAACCCCUCAGCGUGACUCCAUCCGACACGGAUGUGCUCUCUCGAGCUCUCUACCUCAUGCCAGCUGCGUUCCUGGCCUGUGAGGACCAUGCGUCGGCGUGUGCGCUCCUCGAGGGUCUGCUGGCACUCGCACUCCGCUGCCUGUGUCUGCCGGGCGCGCCGCGCCUCCGCUACGUCGCCGCACACACCCUCGCCCUCAUCGCCGUGGUGAGUCUCGAGUCCACUGUGCGCACCCUCAACGCCCUCCUCGUGGGUCUCAUGCCCUCAUCCUCCGCCAACGACGACGGCGACGACGACGAGCUAUCCCGCCAGAUCGCCGCCCUCGAAGCCAUCUAUCAUAUCAUUGACUGCAUACUCACCCCUCGUACCGAGAGCCUUGUCUUCAGGACGCUGCGUGUUGCCCCAGGCGACCAACCCCUCUCCCCCGAACUCCACGGAGUAGGGCUCAAGGAGGCGGUCAACGUGUCCACCGAUGACGCCUCUCCCGUGCAGCCCCUCCUAGUCUACGUGGUUGUCAUGCUGACCACCUUUGUGCUUAAGCGAUUCGCUGAUCCCAGGCCUGAUGUGCGAACGUUGGCUUCGAGCAUAUUCACCAAAUUGCUGAUUCUGCUUCCACUAGAGGAAUCCGCUCCGGAGCCGCAGAAUCCUUGCAUGCAUCCUGUUCUCAAAAAAUCGCGGGAGAAGGGCAGGUCCUUUGUUCAGUGCCUCCUUCGACCCAAUGAAAUUCGCCUCUACACCCCGGACGACACCAUCAAGGCUGAACUUCGGCCGUAUCAACAGGAAGGCGUCAACUGGCUUCUAUUCCUCAAGAACUACGGCCUAAGCGGCAUUCUCGCCGACGAUCUAGGUCUGGGGAAGACGUUGCAGACUAUAUGUGCGCUUGCCAAUCACCACCGCGAGCGUCCACGACGCACCAAGGCGCUUUCAUUGGUUGUCUGCCCGCCAACUCUGUGCUCGCACUGGUCCACGGAGGUAGUCAGAUUUGUCCCGAAUCGGCGAAUUCUCAAACCAGUCAUCUACCUCGGAACACAGGAGCAGAGGACUCAACUCCAAAAGCACAUUUCCGAUCGCUGCAACCUCCUAAUCACCACCUACGACAUCGUUCGAAACGACGUUUCAUUUUUCAUGGAGACCUUUUGGGAGUACCUCAUUCUCGACGAGGGACACAUAAUCAAAAACAGCAAGUCCAAGGUGUCACGUUCCGUCAAGAAGCUGCGUGCCAAACACCGCCUCAUUUUGACCGGCACGCCCAUCCAAAACCGUGUAAACGAGUUGUGGUCGCUGUUUGACUUCCUCAUGCCCGGAUUCCUCGGUCAGACGGAGGCGUCCUUUGUGGCGCGUUUCGCUCGCCCCGUGCUCGCCACUUGCGAUCCCAAGGCCAGCGCCGAGGAGCAGAGAGCAGGUGGGUGCCAACAGGCCCUGGAAGAGCUGCACCGCAUUGUGUUACCCUUUGUGUUGCGCCGCCUGAAGGAGGAUGUUCUCCAGGACCUUCCGCCCAAGGUCAUUCAGGACUACCUCUGCAACAUGACUCCUCUGCAGGUACGUCUGCGAACCGCUGCCUCUCAUUCGACGAUUCGCUUAACCUUCUGGUCGUGUAAGCUGCUACUUUUUAUGGCCUUCUAUUUCAUCCUCUUCUUCUUCUUAUUGCUUCAGUUGAAACUCUACGAGACCUUUUCGAAAACAGAGGAAGGCCAACACGCUCUGAGCCCGCCUUAUUCUAACGACCCCUCGUCUGCCAGAAGUGGUCCGGGUGGUUUUCGUUCGAUAAAGUACCUGCUAGCCGUGUGCAACCACCCGAGUCUUGUUCUGGCUCCCGCACACCCUCUCUACGGGUGGGCGGUCGAUCGCUUGGCCUCCGGCGUUUGGGGAAUUUCUGACGACCUGAACAAUGUUCAGCUGUCCGGAAAGCUGGUGGCCCUGAGGUUUGUUCAAUGCGGGUUUUGUUUCAUUCCCUCUAUCCGGCUCGGUGUGAUGUACCUGUUGUCUCUCCUUAGGCAACUUUUUAUUGACUGCGGAUUCGGUGAGGGCCGCGGAGGUGGCAGCGGUGCUGGUGGUGUCGCUUCUGUCGAUGAUGACGUCACCGAAGACACUAGCGACCUAAUGGGUCAGCAUCGAGCCCUCGUCUUCUUCCAAACCAAAAAGAUGCUGUCUCUAGUCAUUAACCUCCUCGCGUCCGAAUUCAAAAAUGUCGCUUUUUUGAGAUUGGAUGGGAUGGUGUCGGUGCUUGAACGUCAGGAACUCGUCACCAGGUUCAAUGAGGAUCCCUCGAUUGACAUGUUGCUUCUCACAACAUCUGUUGGCGGCCUGGGACUAAACCUGACCGGCGCCGACACGGUCAUAUUUGUGGAGCACGAUUGGAACCCCUGCAAGGACCUGCAGGCAAGAGCUAAAUCACUUUUACGUACAUUUUCUUAUAGCAAACAUCAUGCUGUUAGAGUUAUCCCUGAGGUUCUAUAUGCGGAUUUUUAUUCUAGAAAGGCGAUGGAUCGUGCCCACCGCAUUGGUCAGCGUCGGAUGGUGAAUGUCUACCGUUUGAUCACGGCAGACAGCAUUGAGGAGCGCAUAAUGAAUUUGCAAGCCUUCAAGACGCACUUGGCUCGUGCGCUUGUCUCCCAACCGGCUAACCGUUCCCUGGCAGAAAUGGAUACGACGCAGUUGUUAGAUAAUUUGACCUCUUCGACAGGCACUGACCACCAACUCCUCUCGGACCAGGCGGAGAACUCUGCUGGAGUCAGUUGGGGAGAUCUUGAAGCCACUCAAUAUGCAGAGGAGUACGAUAUGCGUGAAUUCCUCUCCCGUCUUCCUCAUUCGUCGUGUGAAUAG